AUGCGGUUGCCUGCUGUCUUUACCGUCGCCAUUGUCGGCUUCUCCGCCCUCGCAGACUGCCACGCACUGGCCUCGACCUGGGCGAGCACCUUGAACGGUACUUAUGUGGGCAGACGUAAUGCCUACUACAGCCAGGAUGAGUUCCUUGGGAUUCCCUAUGCAGUCCCGCCAGUUGGCGAUCUGCGAUUCCGAUCGCCCAUCAGCCUGAACAUCACCUGGUGCGGGGCGAGAGAGGCUCGCGAGUAUUCACUGAUCGUCACGGCCUUUAUGGUGCCACAUGCGUGGCCGUCAUCGAAGCCUCUGUACUAA